CUAAUUUCUCUUUGCUCUACUGUAUUUUCAAAUAUACAAAUAUACAAAUAUACAAAUAUACAUAUAUAUUUAUUUCCAUCUUUUACUACCUCUUCUCUCUUUCUUUUCUUUUUACCUGUUGCCUUCUUUUAGACAACCAACAAUACAUACAUUUAGAUUUCCUCUUAAAAUAUGAAAGUUAUUGACAAAAUCAAGCGUGCCGAAGAAGAAGGUCGCGUUUACUGGUCCUUUGAAUAUUUCCCUCCAAAGACCACUCAAGGUGUCCAAAAUCUCUAUGAUCGUAUCGAACGUAUGCAAAAAUUUGGCCCAGAGUUCAUCGAUGUCACAUGGGGUGCUGGUGGAACUACCUCGGAUCUUACUACAGACAUUGUUCAGACAGCCCAGACUGUCUAUGGUAUCGAAACCAUGAUGCAUUUGACUUGCACAAACAUGCCAGUCGAGAAGAUUGAUGCUGCCCUGGAAAAAGCAAAGAAGUGUGGCUGCCAGAACAUUCUUGCCCUCCGUGGUGAUCCUCCUCAUGGUCAAGAAACCUGGAAGUCCUGUGAAGGUGGUUUCAAUAAUGCCAUCGAUCUUGUCAAAUAUAUCCGUCUUAAGUACGGCGAUUACUUUGGCAUUGCUGUUGCCGGCCAUCCCGAAAAGCAUGCCGAUUGUCCUACACUCGAUCAAGAUAUCCUCCACUUGAAGGCCAAGGUUGAUGCCGGUGCCGAUCUUGUCGUCACCCAACUCUUCUUUGAUGUCGAUAUCUUCUUGUCAUUUGUAGAAAAGUGCAGAGCUGCCGGCAUCACCUGUCCCAUUUUACCUGGUGUGUUCCCUAUCCAAAACUACAAUGGUCUCAAGCGUGUCAUUUCUUUCAACGACAACCAUGUACCCCAGGCUAUCUGGGAUGCCUUGGAACCCAUCAAGGAUGAUGAUGCUGCUGUCAAAGAAUACGGGAUCCAAUUGACAGUCGAAUUUAUCCAAAAAAUGCUUGCUGCUGGCCUUAAUGGUGUUCACUUUUACACCUUCAACCUUGAGCGUAGUACCAGACUUGUCUUGGAACGUCUCAACUAUGUUGCUUCCCAAGAAACCGUCAAGCCAUUGCCAUGGAAACCUUCGUUGCACACCAAGCGUAUCAAGGAAAAUGUCCGCCCCAUCUUCUGGAAGAACCGCACCAUGAGCUAUAUCAAGCGUACCGAACUCUGGGAUGAAUUCCCCAACGGUCGUUGGGGUGAUUCUCGCUCGCCUGCCUUUGGUGAAUUGGACGGUUACGGUAUCUCUCUCAAGCAUACUCCUGCCGAGUGCCUUAAGAUGUGGAACUCUCCUACUACCAUCCAGGACAUCUCUCAGAUCUUCUCCAGCUACUGUGCUGGUAAGGUAGCAGCCCUUCCCUGGUGCUUCCACGAAUUAGAUCCCGAGUCUGAGAAGAUCCGUUCUCACUUGGCCGCCUUGAACAACCUUGGCUAUUUGACAAUCAACUCUCAGCCUGCUGUCAAUGGUGUCAAGAGCGCAGACAAGGUCCACGGAUGGGGUCCCAAGAACGGUUACAUUUACCAAAAGGCCUAUCUGGAGUGUUUCUUGUCUCCCGAGAAGCUCAAUGAUCUUGUAACCAAGAUCGGAUCCAACAUCUCCAUCACUUACUAUGCUGUCAACCAGCAGGGUGAUUUGAGAACCAACACACAGAGUGAUGGACCCAAUGCAGUCACAUGGGGUGUAUUCCCCAGCAAAGAGAUCAUCCAACCUACAGUUGUUGAAGCCGCUGCCUUUAUGGCCUGGAAGGAGGAAGCCUUUGCUUUGUGGCACGAAUGGGCCCGUCUGUAUGACGCCGAGAGCGUGUCUAACAAGCUCUUGAAGGGAGUUGCUGACAACUGGUAUCUUGUCAACAUUGUCCACAACGACUUCCAAGACUCGGAUGGUAUCUGGCGUCUUUUCGACAUUGAGUCUGCUGUCGAACCUACCCAGCAAGCCAUGCGCUAAUUAAUAUCAAAAAUCAACCUCUUCUCUCCAUAUCUCCCUCUCUCCCACUUACUUCUUACCUCUUCUUUCUUUUACUGACUGUGUGUAUUCAACAUACCCUCUUUUCAUCAUCUUGAUAUUGAUAUUUGUUUUCCUUCUUAUUAUUAUUCUUUAUUUUCUACUGUACCUUUUUCUUGUAUGUAAGCAAACAUUUACUCUCUUUUUUUUAUUUCUUUUUUUUUUAAAAAAAAAAAGCUUAUUCCUUCUUGUACAUUCUUCAACAGAUUAUAUCCUCCUCCUGCCAAACCCAAGCACAUACACAAAAACUCGUGCUAACAUAUAAGCGCAUUUUCUUUUUGUUUCAAUGUGCCAAUAAUAAAAUACUUUUUUUUAUUUUUAUU